AUGGCCUCCAAGACCUGGAACGUCGGAGUCGUCGGCUACGGCUUCAGCGCCAAAACUUUCCAUAUCCCUUUUAUCCAGGAAGUUCCUCAGUUCAAGCUGUAUGCUGUUGUCCAGCGCACCCCCAGGCCCGAUGAUGAUGCCGAGAAGGACCACCCCGGGAUCAAGUCCUACCGGAGUGCGGAGGAGCUAGUCCAGGAUUCCGCCGUCGAUGUAGUCGUCAUCACCACCGCGCCUGAGCUACACUACUCCCUGUCCAAGUUGGCGCUGGAAAAUGGAAAGCACGUUGUCUGCGAGAAACCGUUUACCCCGACCUACAAGGAAGCUGCCGACCUCGUCGCCAUCGCAAAGAAGCAAAACAAGUUCCUCGCCGUUUACCAGAACCGCCGGUGGGACGCCGACUUCGUCACCCUCUCCAAGCUCGUCAAGACCGGCGCUCUUGGCCGCGUCGUCGAAUUCGAAUCCCACUUUGACCGCCACCGUCCCGAGGAGCCCGCGCCUACUGUCUCGAAGUGGAAGAACAAGGUUGUUCCCGGUGGUAGCGCGAUCCACGAUCUCGGAUCCCACUUGCUAGACCAGGCAGUACAUCUGCUCGGCAAGCCGAACCGGGUGACGGGCUUUGUUGGCACGCAGCGCGAAGUCAACACUUCCGGUUAUGAGGAUUCGUUUACCGUGCUGCUGCACUAUAACAACGGGUUACUCGUUACGGCGAAGGCUGGUGUUGUGAGCCCCGAGGAAGAACAGUUGAGGUUCUGGGUGAGGGGUGAGAAGGGGAGCUUUAAGAAGUUCUAUCUCGAUAUUCAAGAGGACCAGCUCAAGGCUGGCGUGAAGCCUAGCGACAGUGGUUAUGGCAGAGAGCCAAGUGAGAGAUACGGUACCCUCACCACUAUUCAAGAUGGCAAGCCCGUCCGCGAAAUCACUCCCACAGUGGAACCACCCACCUGGUCCGAAUACUACCGGAAGAUGGCCCGGGCUCUGGGAGGCGAAGGCGAACUCCCUGCUAGCGGAGAUGAGGCCGCGGAGGUUAUUCGGCUGAUUGAGGUGGUCCAGGAGAGCUCCAAGCAAGGGAAGACUUUGGACUUCUAG